UGCAAUCCAGCACUUUUCUAUCCAUCUCAACAUCUCAUUUGUUCAGGCAAGAGGCAACUAUGGCUAGGAAGAUAGGAGUUAUUGCCUUCGUUUUGCUUGUGAGCAUUGGCUUGUCCAAUGCAGCAAGAGUAGCUAGAUACACUACUGAGGGAGGAGGAGGUGGUGGUGGCGAAGGCGGUGGUGGCGGAGGGGGUGAAGGUGGUGGUGGAGGGUCAGGGUAUGGUGAGGGCUAUGGACAAGGAGGUGGAGCUUCUGGUGGAGGUUAUGGGCAGGGUGGAGGAGGUGGAGGUGGUGGUGGACAGGGCGGUGGUAGUGGAUCCGGUUAUGGAUCUGGUUAUGGCCAAGGUGGUGGAGCAUCUGGAGGAGGCUAUGGAAAAGGUGGUGGAGGCGGAGGGGGUGGAGGACAGGGUGGUGGGGCAGGAUCAGGCUAUGGAUCAGGGUAUGGUUCAGGCUAUGGUCAAGGUAGGGGAGCUUCUGGUGGAGGUUAUGGACAAGGUGGUGGAGGCGGCGGUGGUGGAGGGCAAGGUGGUGGAAAUGGAUCUGGUUAUGGAUCCGGGUAUGGUUCUGGAUAUGGUCAGGGUGGUGGAGCUUCUGGUGGAGGCUAUGGACAAGGUGGUGGUGGCGGCGGUGGUGGAGGACAAGGUGGUGGAAAUGGAUCAGGCUACGGAUCUGGAUACGGUUCUGGCUAUGGUCAAGGUGGCGGAGUUCAUGCUGGAGGCUAUGGACAAGGUGGAGGGGGAGGUGGCGGUGGCGGCCAAGGAGGUGGUUCAGGUAGCGGCUCAGGCUAUGGAUCUGGGUAUGGUGGCGGCGCCGGUGGAAGUCCAUAGAGUUUAAUUCCGAACACAAGAAAUCUAUGUGUUAGAUAAAAACGCCCAUUUGCAUUUCCAUGUAAUGCAUACUUACUUACUUAUUUUUAUUUUUAGUUUGACCGUUAAUGUACUUGUAAAAUGAUGAUUUGAAAUAAUGGGCGCUACCUUUUGCUUAGUUAAUUGGGUUAAUAAGUCUAUGUUCCAUUACCUUGAAGCUUGUCAAUUGAUGUGAAUGUACGUGAUCCAUCUUUGAUAUAUAUAUUUAUCUUGCGAA